GAUUUUACCAGCAAGUGCAGAGAAGUUACAAACAACAUUUGUAUGAGUUCAUCAGAACUUAUGAAUGGCCGAUCUGAUCCGGCUUCUCCAUCUGCUCUACCUCAAGCCAUGGCAUCUGAUGCUUUCCAAGGCAAAGCAGUUUGCACAAGGUGUAGAGAGGACAUCCUAGACCGGUAUCUCCUUAAGGUCAGUGACUUGUGCUGGCAUGUGCAAUGCCUUUCAUGCAGUGUGUGCCAAACCACUCUGAGUGGACACGCAACCUGCUACGUUAGAGAGCAAGAGGUCUUCUGCAAACUAGAUUAUUUCAGGAGGUAUCGGACAUGGUGCUCGUGCUGCGGGGAAACAGUUCACUCCACAGACUGGGUGCGCAGGGCAAAGGGAAAUGUUUACCACCUGGCAUGUUUCUUGUGCUUCUCUUGUAAGAAACAGCUGUCCACAGGCGAGGAGUUUGCUUUGGUUGGGCAAAAAUUGUUGUGUCGAGAUCAUUACGACAGCAUGCUGGACAAACUCAAAGGUGCUGCUGAAAAAGGAAAAAACGUCUCUCCUGAAGGUGCGUUGCAUACAGGCUGUGAAAUAAACCAAAAACCAUCUAAAAGAGCACGUACCAGUUUCACUUCAAACCAGCUACAGGUUAUGCAGGCUCAGUUUGCUCAGGACAAUAACCCAGACGCACAGACAUUUCAGAGGCUUGUUGAACAGACUGGGCUUAGCCGACGCGUCAUUCAGGUCUGGUUUCAAAACUGUCGUGCCCGUCAUAAGAAGCACAUUUCUCCCCCUCAUUCAGCAGUACCAACAGGAGGUCUGUCUUCACACCAGCUUAUGUCCACCCUGAAUGAGCAGCACUAUUCACACACAUCCCUGCUUACAGCACUACACAGCACCUGCAUCGAUGUGCACACACCAUCAUUUUUACUCUAUCAGCCGUUACUGUCCCACAAAUCAACACAUCUACCAAUCAGCAGCAGCUAAACAAUUUUCAGUUCAGUUGUAAAUGUUGUACCAGCGGUUGUAACUACAUUUA